AUGAAACUUCAACUUUUUGUUCUCCUCUCUACUCUUCUCUUGCUUCUUGUGUCUGCCAAACAGACAAAGAUCCCAGAAGACGUUGCAAAAGGAGAACAGUUGGUUCGAAAAGUGUUGAAAGGAAUCGAGCUGAGAGAUCGUAAGAUUGUCGGAAGCGUAUUCGAAGACUCCUUCGUUUACGAGGGAUGUAAGAAUACAAAACUUGGAAAAAAAGAGGUGAUGGAUAUGAUCGGAUCUACGGAUCUUCCAAUGGCCAGAGUUUUGGAGAGCAACACUCAAAUUUUGUACAUCGGAUCCCACAAGUUCGGCACAAUUACUACCGAUUUUGGAAGAUCUACCGAAUCAGAAUUCGUCGUUUCGAAGAAUUGGAAACUUCAAUCAGGAAGAAUGACUUCUUGUUAG